UCCCCCGCGCGCGCGCGCCCCCGGCCGUGUCGAACGCGGCCGCCCCGCGCUGCCCGCCCGGGAUGCGGCCCCGGCGGCCGGGCCGGGCAUGAGGGACGGCGGGGGGGCCGCGCCCAGCACCGGCACCCGACGGCACCCGGGCACCGGCGGGGCUCCUCCUCGCUCUCUGCUAUGGACAGUGCCAUCACCCUGUGGCAGUUCCUCCUCCAGCUGCUCCAAGAGCCCCAGAACAAGAACAUCAUCUGCUGGACCUCCAGCGACGGGGAGUUCAAGCUGCUGCAGGCAGAGGAGGUGGCCAGGCUCUGGGGGAUCCGCAAGAACAAGCCCAGCAUGAACUAUGAUAAACUCAGCCGGGCGCUGCGCUACUACUACGUGAAGAAUAUCAUUAAGAAGGUGAACGGGAAGAAGUUUGUGUACAGAUUCGUGUCGUACCCGGAGAUCCUGAACAUGGAUCCCCUCGUGGUGGGCAGGAUGGAGGGGGACCCCGAGCUGCCCGGAUUUGGGGAGGUCACCAGCGCCCCCAGGGACGUGGAGAGCUGUGGCAAGGAGAAAUCCCAGCCCUGUGCCAAGUCCUCCAGCCGCAACGACUACAUCCACUCAGGCCUGUACUCCUCCUUCACCCUCAACUCCCUCAACUCCUCCAGCGUCAAACUCUUCAGGUCCAUCAAGAUCGAGAACCCGGCCGAGAAGCUGGCGGAGAAAAAACCUCAGGACCCCACCCCCUCUGUCAUCAAAUUUGUCACCAUGCCCUCCAAAAAGCCCCCCAGUGCCCCCCUGGUGUCCAGCACCGCGGCCGUGGCCGUCACUUCCACGGUUUCUGUCACCCCCAGCGCGUCCUCCUCGCUGCCCCUGGGCUCUGAGGAGACCCUGCAGAGCCUGGAGACGCUGGUGCUGCCCAAGCUGAGCGUUGCUGAAGCUCCUCCAGCCCCUCUGGCGAACCUGAGCAGCAGCUUCAGCCCCGCCCCGCCCAUGGGCUCGGUGUCCCCCGGCCUGCAGGUGCCCCCCACGCCCCCCUCGCCGCCCCUGAGCUCCAACCCCGACCUGGACAUUGACACGGACAUCGAGUCUGUGGCUUCCCAGCAGCUGGAGCAGGCCCAGAGCCUCCAGCAGCAAUCCCCAGAGCCCAAGGAGCAGCAGGAUUCGGCUGUGCUGGAGAAGGAAUUUGCCAAUCACCUCUCCAGGGCGAAAAAACCCAAAGGUUUGGAGUUGGCUCCCACUCUGGUGAUCACGGGCAGCGACCCGAGUCCUCUGGGCAUCCUGAGUCCUUCUCUCCCCACUGCUUCUCUUACUCCAGCACUUUUCUCUCAGACUCCCAUCCUGCUGACUCCCAGCCCUCUGCUCUCCAGCAUCCACUUCUGGAGCACCCUGAGCCCAGUGGCUCCUCUGAGCCCUGCCAGGUUACAAGGUGCCAACACCCUGUUCCAGUUUCCCUCAGUGCUGAACAGCCACGGCCCAUUCACACUGUCAGGACUGGAUGGACCCUCCACCCCAGGCCCCUUCUCCCCAGACCUCCAGAAGACAUAGCACAUGGAAUUCUGCAAAAAGGACACAGUGGCAAGCAAGGCAAACACAGGACACUUCCCUUCAACCACCUGGUUUUUUUAAAAACACUUUGUAAUUCCACAGAGAUUCUCAACAGUCGUAGUUGUUGCCAUUCCCAAAUCAACAAAAAAAAAAAAAAAAAAAUUGCCUUUUUUCUGCAAAAAUUCCCCCAUUUUUUGGAAGAACCCAGGUUGGGAAUGUUUAUGCAAAAGCCUUAAUAGGAGCUGCAGCUCCAGUCUCUUCUCCUCCUCAGUUUGGAAGAUUUUUCCAAAAGGAUUUUUGGGUGGUGUUGCAGCAACUGAGUCUGCACUGACUGCAGCAAACAGCACCAGAGGAGGCUUUUCUCUGUGACUCUUGGAAAAAAACAAAAAACCAACCAUCCCCUCUGUUCUUCUGCUUCCUGUGCUCAGCAAGGAGAGCCCUGAAUCCUGCUGGAAGCUGGAAUUCCAGGAAAAGUUUGGGAAUGGGAAUGGGCUGUGUGCUCUCAGCUCUGCCCAGGGGCACCAGGACUUGGGCAGCAGCAAAAGCAGCCAGGGCUUGUCUUCUUCUUCUUCUUCUUCUUUUUUGUUUUAUUUUGCAGGGAGACAUUUGUUUCAAGGAUUUAUUCCAAGUUUGUGUCCAGGACAAUUCUGUGGAGUGCUGGUGUGGCCCAGCAGCCCCUGGGAGAAGAGGUGGGGCUGGAAUUUUGGAUGUUUCCCUGCCCUCCUUCCCUCCCAUGGACGGUGGGAUGAGCUCCUUUCACUUCUCACAGAGUUUGAAUGCUGGAGUCCAAACAUUUCUUGUGCCAGAGACCUGUUCCAGAGCCUCCCUGCUGGAGGAGCAGGAUGGGCAGAUUUUCCCUGGGUUUUGGGGGGAUUUUCCCUGGUUUUUUUGGGAUUUUUCCCUUGUCUGGGGGGGAUUUUCCUUGUUUUUUGGGAUUUUCCUUGUUUUUUGGGAUUUUCCCUGGUUUGGGGGGGAUUUUCCCUGUUUUUUGGGAUUUUCCCUGGGUUUUGGAGGGAGCUUGCUGCCUGACAUGGAAUUCAGACCCCAGCAGGGUGAGAACAGCAACAUCCCAUCAUUAAUGUUGCUCCUCUUCCCCCACAGUUGUGGAAAAUCUUCCUGCUUUUCCCCACAUGGAGAAGCUCCUCUUUUGCCAGCUCUUACCCCAAGUUUUGCAGUGGAGCUGUUGCUUUUCUUUAUUUCUGGAGGGAGCAGUGACCCCAAACCAGGCUGAGGGGUUCCAUGGUGGUAAAUUUGCUUUUCACCUCCUUGGGUGUCCUGGAUUCAUAAUGCAGGAUUGUUUUCCGGAGCCCAUUGGAGAGGAGAUGGAAUUUGUAGGUGGAUUUUUACACCUCAGGAGGCCUUUGAAGAAAAUUUUGGGAUGAAAAAAUGUGAGAUUUUCCUUUCUCAGCCCCUCAGUCUGGGUGUGUUGGGCUGUGGGUCUGUGUCCUUCCAAUUUGGGCAUCUGAUGUCAGGCAGCAACUUCUGGGAUUGAGCUGGGGGUGUCAGAGGAUUUUCUCCAUGAAAUAUUCCCAGAAAACAGAUGGAGACAUCUCUUUGCUUCAGCAUCCUCAGAGCUGCCACCAGCAGAGGAAGAUUUUUGCCUGUGCAGCAGGAGGAGCUGACAGUGUUUGCUGUAAAUACUGCACCUAUUCCUUGGAUAAGUGGUGAAUUCCAGCUUUUCCAGAGUUUUUUUUUUUUCCUUUUGCCACCUCUGCAGGCUUGGAAUUCCCUUUAAAGCCACAACACCCAAGACUUUUCUUUCCCUGCAGUGAUGUUCCCUUUUUUUUUACAGAAAAAAACAAAACCACUUUUGUGUGUUCCUGAUGUGACACCUGGGACAGGUGGGUGGAACAGAGUCAGUUUUUUUUGGGCAUUGUUCACCUGCCCAGGGGAAAAGUGGGAGAGAAAAAAAUAUUCCUUUUUCAGGUGGAGAAGCAGGGAGUGAGCUCAUGGAGUCUUCCUUUGGCUCCUGUCAGAGGCAAAAAAUGCUUCACAUUUAGACAUCAGCAGAUGCAGGAGGAAAUUCCUGCACCAGCAGCUCUUAAAAUGUGCAAUAUUGACCUUUUUUAUUUUUCUUUUAAUUUUAAUUUUGUUUUUGAAAUGCAGAAGCAAAGCUGCAGGUGAUCAUGAAGAGCAGGCAUCUGGAAUUUAUAUUUUUUUUUUUUGUUGUUGUUUUUUGCAUGUUUGGAGCCUGCUCUGGGAAAUUUCUAUAGCUAUGUAUAAAUAGCAGCACUUUGGUUGGUUCAGGUUGGCCAAUUUUAUGCCUACCAAAUACAUGGACUUUGGAGAGAGCAACAUUUGCAGGCUGGGAUUCUAAUUGAAAAUUCAUGAAUGAGCACUAAAAACUUGCAAUUGAAUUGCUUUCCCUUCCCCCCCUUGUUCCCCUGUGGAGAAAAGCCAAGUUUAGCUGUUGAAAAUUUGUGCACUUAAUUCUUUUGUGAGCUUUUAUCUCUUUGGGCAGAGGGUCAGGCCCAAAAAAAUGCAAUUUCUGGGCUCCUGCUCCUGUCCAAGGAGCUUCCCAAGGUUGCUGUGCCACUGAGAUCCAGCUUUUCCUUGGGAAUGCAGCCUGGGUGGGAAUAAUGGGAUCACUUUGGCUUCUGAAGGAAAAAAAAAAAAAAAUCAGAAUCCACAUAGGAUGAUAAACUCAGGAGGCAGCUGGGAAAGCUCAUGGAAAGGGAGAGGAGCAGCUUUUGCUGCCUUUUCUCCUCUGCAAUUUUCAGGUCACUUAAGGGAAUUUUUCCUUGUGCUGCCAGGGAGCUGCAGCCUCUCCUGGGCUCACAUUCCUGCCAGAGCCUCCCUGGGGCUGCUGCUCUUAGGUCACAAUUGAUUUUAAAUUCAGCAUUUAGGGCAGGUGGGGUUAGAGUAGACUCUGUUUUAGUUCUCUACCGUGGUGAUUUUAAAAAAUAAAAAAAUAAUGCAGCAUUGCAGAAAUUUUUUUCUUAGAUUGCUGUUGCUGGGGUAGCCUUGGUUUUGUGGAAUGCUUGGCAAUUUUUGCAUCAGUUCCUUCCUGGCUGGCUGGGGUUCUGUGGAAGGUCAGAGCUUUUGGUGUAGAACAAAAGAUUUUGGUAGAAAACAAAGAAGAACCCAGGAUCCUCCCCAGGUUCUGGGAUGGGAAUGGAAUCCCUGCUGGUCACAUGGAACCCAAAUCUGGGAGGAUUUAGGGAGCAGGGAAACUGAAUUUGUGUCUUGCUGUGGGAAUUUCUUUUGUUUGUUUUUUUUCCAUGUGGAGCUGUUGCUGCUGCCUGACUCUGUUUGGGAUCCUGGAUUUUCAGUUCCUGGCAGACAAAAUUCCCCAUGGUUAUGGAAGUGUUCUGUAUUUCCUGGGAAGGUGAUCCUGGUAAAAAGACGGUGAUGGAGGAAUUCUGGGGUUUUUUCAGCAGCAGCUUUAGGUUUAGAGCUUUGUUUCAGCCUGUCCUCAGCAGGAGAUGCAAUUGCUGUGCCUGGGUUUUGGCACAUUCAAGCUCUGGUCAGGAAGGGAUGAAAUCCCUGAAUUGGACAAUUCCUUGUUUUCAUUUGGAAUCCCAAGGCUUCAGUCCAUGCAGUCUUUGGGAUACUGGAGUGGUGUGUGAGCACAGAAAGGCUUUGCUUGGGGUAAUUCCCCCCUCUGAUGCGUUUCACAGCUCAGCUGGCUCACAGAUGAAUCAUUUUGGGUUCCUAAUGUUCAUUUUAAGGGCAGUGAAGCUGCUGAGGUGCAGAUCUCCCUUCCCCAGCCCAGGGAUCCCAGUGGGAUUCCAGCUGGGAGGGAGGGAAGGGCCCUGAUCCCCUCCUGGAGCUGAGAUCAGGACCUGCAGCUCUGCCCCUCUCCUGUGUCCCAGGGUUUAUUCAUUCCCCUUUUUUGGCUGAUCUAUGGCAGUUUUUGAUGUGCUCUGCAGUUUCACCUCUCCCACUUUCAGGGCAGAUUUGUUUCCAGCCCAUCUCAGUGUUUUAUCAAGAGCCUCUCCUGGUAUUGUCAGCUCUGCAAAUCAACCUCAGCUCUGGGUCAGGAAAUGUUGUAAAAAUCCACAUUUUUUCAGUUUUGAGUGACUGUUUUGGUCUGUUUCCUUCCUCAGCUCUGUGAGGAAUAGAAUCUGGAUCUGGAAGAGUAGAAAUAGAAAAAAAAAAAGAGAACUUUCAGUCUCUGAGGUGGUGGGGUGGGAUUGUUUUGUCUUAAAAAUCAGAGUGGGGUGUUGCAAGCAGCCCCUGAGGGUCUCCCAAGUGCCAGAGGAGCCCAAAAUCUGUGAGGAUUCACUCAGGAGCUCCAGGAUGUUUAUGGUUUGGUUUGGAGUUAAUUAAGCUACAAUUAGCAGUGGUUGAGUGUGAGCAGAUCCAGGGCAGUGGGACAGGCUGGAGCUGCUGGAAUCAGAGCUGGCAGAGGAAGAUUUUGGGAUAAAAUGCAGGGAGAGGUUUAUGCAGCCCUCCAGGAUGUCCCUUUGCCUUGGGGAAUGCUUAUUCCCCUCUGGAUUUAGAGCUGAGAAGUUGAUUUGGAAUAAUAAAGCUGAGAGAGGGGAAAAAAAAAAAAAAGGGAGAAAAUUCUAGGGAAACACAGCUGGAAUGAAGCUGGGGGUGAAUCCUUCAGCAGCAGGAAUUCUGGGAGCCACAAUCCUGGGAAUCAGCACAUCCAACUUCCCUGGGCUGGGCAGCUUUUUGUGUCUUGGAGGGAUUGAAAUCCAUUGAAAUCCAUUGAAAUCCAUUUUUAUCCACUCCAGCUGUGGUGCCAGUGUUGUCCUGCUCGUUCCUGGGGUGCACAUCUGUCUUGGGAAGGUGAUUUUGGGGUGAAUUCCUUGCUGGGAUUAUUUUUGGGCACGGAAUUCCACUGGGAGGGGAGGGGAGAGGUGGCUCUGGAAAGAGAGAAAUCCUUGGAAAUGGAACCAAAAAUUCCUCCAGAGCCUGAUUUUUGUCAGGAGGGCAAACCAGGAACCACCAGGGCAGUGCUGCCCAUUCCUGUCAGGAUUCCCUGAUGGAGCCAGAGCUGUGUCCAGCACAAAGGUGAAAUUUGGGUUUGGUGUCAGCAAAUCCUGAACUGAGGGAUUUUAUUCCUGCCAGGAAGAAGCAGGAAUGAGGAGAAUGUGUUCCCUGCAGAUUGUUUUUCUGUCUGACCACAGGUGGACAAGAUGGGCAGGGCCCUGUUUCUCCCUGGAUAUUCCAGUAUUUCCCUGUUGGAACAGCAAAAAUUGUCUGCUUCCUAUAAAUUAUUUUGGAACAAAACCACCCUAAAACUGGCAAGAACUGAAUUUUUUUCUCCCCUCCCAAAGAAAGCAGCAGAUUUUGCUUGUGGAGCUCUUCCAGCCCUUGAUGAGAAGCACACAGAGCUGAAAAUUUGGAUUUUUUUUUUAGAUUCCUCAGUGUUGAAGCGUGGCUGGAAAAGCUCUGCCUGGAGCACACGUGGGUCAUGCCUGGCAGGAUUUGUUCCCAAAAAUCCAUAGAAAUAUCCCCAUCCUCCCCCCAAGCAGACUCUGCACUCUGCAGUCACCACUUUGAAAUAUUUUGCACUCCUUUGGGAGGUUUUUUUGGGGCUUUUUCUUCUCUUUUUAGCACUCAAGUCAAUCCUUCCCCAGCGUGGACUCGUGAGUUGCCAAAGGUUAUUUUUUGAUGUUGUUGGUUACCACAUCUCCUGAAACAAAGAAAAAAAAAAUGUCUUAAAUGUGGUUUUGAGCAGUUUUGUGUGCAUGGAGCAAAAGUUUGGGCUUGUUUAAGAGAUUUCUCUGCUGAGGUUGAGUUGCAGGAGAUUUUCAUCUCAAAGCAGGGGUGGGCAGGAGAAUCCUGACCCUUUGGAAAACAGGGAUGUGAGUGGAGCUGGUUCCAGAGCCCAUUUCAGCAGUGCUGUACCAAUAACUGGAAGCUGUUGUUGUUUAUUUUGAUUUUUUUUCCUUUCCCUUAGGCUUGUUUUUCUGUGUUUUUGGAACACAGGGUGGCCUGUGCAUGGUUCCUGCAGUGUGCUGUGUGCUGGGGUGGGGGGGUUCCAAUAUUCCAGUCCCUGGCUUUGCUCUGAGCUCCUUGGGAUGUGUUUUGGGAUUUAUUUUUGGUUUUUUUGUUUUUUUAAUUUUCCCCUAGCAUGUCCUAACCCCUCCAAGCUUUGAAACUGCUUCCUAGAAUUGUGUUGACUUUCUUUUUGUUGUUGUUGUUGUUCUGCUGUUGUUCAGUUGCACAGAGUUUUUUUUUCUAUAUAAAAUAUACUUUUGUCACGUUUCAUUCUCUGUGAACAGGGUUGAGAUUGAUUCUUUGUAGCUUUGAAAAAGGUCCUAAAAUUCCCUUUUCCAACUUGUUUUGUAGCCUGUUGCAGUGUUACCAGAUGGCCUUAUGUACGUCACAGUGCUUUGUGAUGGGUACAGUAGCACAUUUAAUGCUUAUUCCCCUCUGGAUUUAGAGCUGAGAAGUUGAUUUGGAAUAAUAAAGCUGGGAGGGAGGAAAAAAAAAAAAAAAUUAAAAAAAAUUCUAGGGAAACACAGCUGGAAUGAAGCUGGGGGUGAAUCCUUCAGCAGCAGGAAUUCUGGGAGCCACAAUCCUGGGAAUCAGCACAUCCAACUUCCCUGGGCUGGGCAGGUUUUGUGUCUUGGAGGGAUUGAAAUCCAUUGAAAUCCAUUGAAAUCCAUUUUUAUCCACUCCAGCUGUGUGCCAGUGUUGCCCUGCUCGUUCCUGGGGUGCACAUCUGUUUUGGGAAGGUGGUUUUGGGCUGGGUUUUCAGGCUGAGCUGCGUUCUUGGCAGUUUUUUGGGAGCUCUGGGCUGGAGUUUUCCCUUCCCAGUUUUACCUUGCUGGGAUUUUUCAGAGCAAUCAGUGGUGAAAACUCCCCUGGAAGCAGCAGCAGAAGGGGAACAUUUCCAGUGGCUCUUUCCAGAACAGAGUUGCAUUUUUCUUUUCUCUAUAAAUAUAUAUAUAUAUAGUACAAAUUCAAGAGGCAAAGUUAUGUUGUAGUGAGUGUCUGAAACUUCCUACACUGGAGACUUUUCUGGACAAGACAACUGUAAAAGUCACCCCUUGUUCCAGCUGGGUGACCCUGCCUGGGACAGAAUUGCUUCUCAGUCUAACUUUUUAUUUUUAAAUACCUUAUUAGAGUAUCUUAAUGCCAUUGUGUUAAAAAAAAAAUGCUGGUAUGUAAUGCAAGUACAUAAAUAGCCAAAGUUUUCAGUAAUUGUUCAGUGUUACUAAAUUUUGCUUUUAUUUAACCUUCUGAGAUAACAUUUAGGAAGACCUUCAGUGUGUAAAUCAUCCUGAAAAUUCAAAGUCUGAGCAACUGGAUUAGGGCAGGGAUGGAGGUGUUGGAGCACAUUUCAGGUUUGAGUACAAUUGGGAGGCAAAAAGUUUUUAAGAUGCAAAAUUUCCUUUGCACUGUCCUGACACUUCAAAGUGACAAAUGCUGCUUUGGCAGUGGCUCUUUGGGAAUUGUUCUUCAAACAUCAUGAAGGUCUUUCCUGAGAAAUCAGGUGACUUUUUUCUAUUGCUUCAAUUUUUGUGCAAAAAAAAAAAAAAAAAAGAAAUAAAAA